AUGGGCCGAUUCACUGAAUACUCCGUCAUCGGACGAACCCUCCCCACCGAGGCCGUUCCAGAGCCCAAGCUCUACCGAAUGAGGAUCUUCGCCCCUAACGAGGUCGUCGCCAAGUCCAGAUACUGGUACUACCUUCGUCAAUUGAAAAAGGCCAAGAAGGCUAACGGAGAGAUCGUCGCUCUUAACGUUAUCCACGAGAAGAGACCUUUGAAGGUUAAGAACUUCGCCAUCUGGCUCAGAUACGACUCUCGAUCCGGUACACACAACAUGGUCAAGGAGUUCCGAGCCCUCUCCCGAGCCGAGGCUGUCGAGGCUAUGUACCAAGACAUGGCUGCUCGACACCGAGCUCGAUUCAGGAAUGUCCAAAUCCUUCGAGUUGCUGAGAUUGAGAAGAAGGAGGAUGUCAGACGACCUUACAUCAAACAACUUCUCGAACCCGGACUCAAAUUCCCUCUCCCCCACAGAAGAACCAAGAGCAAGGCUUGGUACGCCGCCAACCGACCUGCCACCUGGGCUUAA